AUGAACCAGCCGUCGCCUGCCCUUCACUUCGCUGUCGACAGUAUCAUAGGCCACGCGGAGUCCUACACCAAACUGUGCUGUAAGGGCUUCUGCAUAGACAUCCUGAAGAAACUGUCCCGCACCAUCAAGUUCUCCUACGACCUCUACCUGGUCACCAACGGAAAACACGGCAAGCUGGUGCGGGGGACUUGGAACGGCAUGAUCGGCGAGGUUGUGUACAGACGAGCUGACAUGGCCAUCGGCUCCCUCACCAUCAACGAGGAGCGUUCGGAAAUCAUCGACUUCUCCGUGCCGUUUGUCGAGACGGGCAUCAGUGUCAUGGUCGCCCGCAGCAACGGGACAGUUUCUCCAUCUGCCUUUCUUGAGCCCUACAGCCCAGCAGUUUGGGUCAUGAUGUUCGUGAUGUGCCUGACCGUUGUGGCGGUGACGGUUUUCGUGUUCGAGUACUUCAGCCCAGUUGGCUACAAUCGCAGUUUGGUGAGCGCCAAAGAUCCUGGAGGUCCAACCUUCACCAUUGGGAAAUCCGUGUGGCUCCUGUGGGGCAUCGUCUUCAACAACUCGGUCCCCAUCGAGAACCCCAAAGGAACCACCAGUAAGAUCAUGGUCCUGGUGUGGGCCUUCUUCGCCGUCAUCUUCCUGGCGUCCUACACUGCCAACCUGGCUGCCUUCAUGAUCCAGGAGCAAUAUAUCGACACGGUGUCCGGCCUCUCAGACAAGAAGUUCCAGAAACCACAUGAGCAUUACCCUCCUUUUCGCUUCGGGACGGUCCCCAACGGGAGCACGGAGAGGAACAUCCGCAGCAACUAUCCCGACAUGCACACGCACAUGAUGAAGUACAACCAGAAGGGGGUGGAAGAAGCACUAGAAAGCCUCAAAACCGGGAAGCUGGACGCCUUCAUCUACGACGCUGCCGUUCUGAACUACAUGGCCGGGAAGGACGAGGGCUGCAAGCUGGUGACCAUCGGCAGCGGCAAAGUGUUCGCCACCACGGGAUACGGCAUCGCUCUGCAGAAGGACUCCCGCUGGAAACGACUCAUCGACCUGGCGCUGCUGCAGUUCCUCGGAGAUGGAGACACCCAGCGCUUGGAGACGGUGUGGUUGUCGGGCAUCUGCCAGAACGAGAAGAACGAGGUGAUGAGCAGCAAGCUGGACAUCGACAACAUGGCGGGCGUCUUCUACAUGCUGCUGGUGGCCAUGGGCCUCAGCCUGCUGGUCUUCGCCUGGGAACACCUGCUCUACUGGAAACUGCGACACUCCCUCCACAAGUCUCACAAGCUUGACUUCCUGUUGGCCAUCAGCAGGGGUAUUUACAGUUGUUUCAACGGAGUGGAGGAACCGGGGCGCUCUUCUGGUUUGUCCAAACCUGACCUGACCUCCAACUACGCUCAAGCAAACAUGCUUAAGAUGCUUCGUACCGCCAAAGAUCUGGUCUCCACUGCCAAUGUUGAGAGCUCUCUGGACAACGCUACCAAGACGAUAGAGCACUUGAGCCGUCAUGGCGGCAGCUUGCCUGUUCGUGUGCCACAGAUCGCCACUGAGGCCGUACCUGGAGGAUUUGCAUACGUUACUGAGAAUCACUCCUCCCUCCCACAGCGCUCGCUGACCCCACCUCUGACUACUGUUACCUCUCUGAAGCAGCAAAGGAGCGUGACCAGGCCCACACCGCUCCGCUACACACUCCCGACUCGCUCUACUUCCUGUCUGUAUGAUCGUCCACUUCCUGUAUCCAGCCUCAGCAGCCCCCAUCUGGCCGUGGGUGAGCCCCUCCCUCAUCAGCACCCUCACCACUACCAGACCACUGGGCGACUUUACGUAGACUCCCAUCCUCACUCGCCUUUCGUCCCCUAUGCUGAUCUACAACUACCUGACAUCUACGCCUCUCACCCGGUCACCUCGCCUCAGAACCAACACAUCCCAGCCGGCUUCUCCCGACGGAAAAGGAGGUCCAAGAGUUUCCAGUGUGAAGACGGGGAGUUGGAGAGGAGAAAACACAGGGACCAGGAGAUUAAUAACCCAAGUCCCGUCCGUCUGAGUGAGCUGAAAGCCAACCACCUCCAAGAAAACCACAUCUCUGCCCCUAGCGUUGAAAGCAUCUACUCAGGGGAGGUUGUGGGUCCUCAGGUGGAGAACUACAGCUCCUGGCCUCCAGAGGACCUCAUGCUGAGAGGGAGACGCAGGCACCGCCGCCCCUCUUUCCUUAAAGCCACAUGGGGCAGCGAGCAAAUCCGCCAGCUCGACGAAUCCCAGUCAUCCCUGUCCAGCCAAUCACCUUCCACCUUGCCAGACCUGUUCCCAUGCAUUCUCACACCAAACACACCCACCAAGGCCAACAACCCCGCCCACCUUCGAAACAACCUGUGCCUCUCACGGAACCAGGCCUACCUCCACAUCAGGGAGGACCAGAGGAGGCCCAAUGGUCGUAAGGGCCAGAGGCUGCGCUACUCCCACUCCACCCACCUGCCCACGUAUGGCGAAGCAGUGCGACAUGGGACUGGGUUUGGACGGGGGAUGGUGCGGAGAGCUACCAGCUUGCUCAGCAGACAGUACGCCCACUACCUGAACUCAUAUCCAGGACUACCCCUCUACCACGGUCCCCUGGACCUGCAGCACCAUAGCCAGGCUUCCAGCAACCCCAGCCCAGUGUGCCAGCUACUGGCCUGCGGCAGCGGGCGAUGCGGGGGCCAGCGAGCACUGCUUUACCAGGACAGUGUAUAUGGGGCCUACGGGGUCUAUCAGGGUUCCCAGACUGGUUCAGAGGCCCAGGGAUGUCAGGGAGCGGGGGGCCAGCCUGGAGGGAGCCCCUGUGUUCUCCGCCCCUGGCGACGAGUGUCCAGCCUGGAGUCUGAGGUCUGAUGGGAAAACAACAGGAUUUCAUUUCAAGAUGGAUACUGUGGAGUUCCCGAGGAAUAGACCACUGUGGAGAGGGUGUCGUGGUCCGAUUAAUGAAACAGGGGAAAAUUAUGACUUGAAGUAAGUUGUCAUUUUCUGUGUGACUUUGCGUGAUACAAAAAGUUCUGGUCCGCACAUUUAACAGAAGACGAGGAAGGACGAGGACCACACUGAACCUGGAGUUGGCAGGUUUCACUCGCCGCUUUCCUAUGACAUCGCUUCAGUGUUUUUCUGUGCUUUAAUGUGCACUGAAGAUUUACAACAGUCCAGAGGGUGGGCGCAUGGUGUGUGUGUGUGUGCGCGUGCGUGUUGUGCUUAUUUUAUUGUGGGUGGUUGGGAUUCGGUCGUGGGUGUCGUCUGGUAGAUGAACCGUUUACAGCUGGGGGAGAAAAGAAUAAAGAAUUGUCUCUUUGAAUAUAGCCACCAAAACACAAGCAGCCAUUGUAGCAAGAUUUGUGAAGACAGUGGAGUUUAAAUCCAAAGUGAAAAAACAUCCAACAUUAAAAGGUUUUCGAUUCCGCGCACAGAAGAGCAACACAUUCCGAGGGGAACUCAUCCCUUUGAGACGUCUGUUUAUGAACAUCAGGUAACUUCUUUAAGUAUUUACAACUUUUUGGAGCUAAACCCUUCACGUCUUCGUUUAGCGAUGAGUCAGUGGAAGCAGAGACUUUGUGAAAACAGUCCAUAUGAACACAGUCUUCAAAAGGUGUGGGGGACAGCAUUGACCAGCACUAGGUGUCUUAAACCUCGGACUCUUCCUCACUGGGUCUCGGCGUGAGGCCACAGUACAGCACAACAUCACACAGGGCCUCACAGUAAAUAACUUCUGUAUUCAAAGUACUACAUCGGUAUAGAUAAGAUGUGCUAUUUGAGGCUGGUUAGUGUCAUAUUCAUGUAUUCUACAUAUGAUAGGAAUUUAUAGUCACUCUUUAAAAUUUUCUAAUUCUACACUUCUGGCACAUUCUGAUGUUUUUUUUUGUAAAGGUAUUGCUGAUUUACUGGAAU